AAGCUGCUCUGGUUCCAACCCCCCCCAGGCCCAGUUUUGACAGGCGUGCGCAACAGCCAGUGCGGAGUCGCCAAGGCCGGCGGGGUGCGGGAACCUGAUCCAGCCGGGAGGCGGGGGCGGGGCGGGGGCCCGGGUGCUUGGGGAGGGGCCGGCGCCCGCCUUCCUCCCCCAUUCAUUCAGCCGACCGUGGGGGCCGAGGGGCUCGGGCGGCCAGCUCGGCAUUGGGAGCGGGAGCGCGCAGGGCCGGGGCUCCGCGGGACUCCCUGCGCACCAGCCACCAUGUCCGACCCCGCGGUCAACGCACAGCUGGACGGGAUCAUUUCAGACUUUGAAGCCUUAAAGAGAUCAUUUGAAGUCGAGGAGAUUGAGCCACCCAACUCCACGCCACCCCGGAGGGUCCAGACCCCUCUGCUCCGAGCCACGGUGGCCAGCUCCAGCCAGAAAUUCCAGGACCUGGGUGUGAAGAACUCAGAGCCUGCUGCUCGCCUUGUAGACUCCCUGAGCCAGCGCUCACCCAAGCCAUCCCUACGGAGGGUGGAGCUGGCAGGGCCCAAGGCAUCUGAGCCUAUGUCUCGCCGCACGGAGCUCUCCAUUGACAUCUCCUCCAAGCAGGUGGAGAACGCAGGCUCAGCUGCUGGGACCUCGCGGUUCGGGCUGAAGAGGGCCGAAGUCCUGGGCCAUAAGACACCAGAGCCAGUCCCUCGGAGGACGGAGAUCACCAUUGUCAAGCCCCAGGAGUCAGUGCACCGCAGGGUGGAGACCCCUGUCUCCAAGAUCCCCGAGGUCCCUGCCACUGUCACUGAUGCUGCCCCCAAGAGGGUAGAGAUCCAGGUGCCCAAGCCAGCCGAGGCACCCAACUGCCCACUCCCGCCCCAGACCCUGGAGAACUCCGAGGCCCCGAUGUCUCAGCUGCAGAGCAGGCUGGAGCCCAGGCCCCCUGUGGCUGAGGUCCCAUACCGGAACCAGGAGGGCUCCGAGGUGGCUCCCAGCUCUGUUGGCGACAUGGCUGACAGCCCGAGAGAUGCCAUGCUCAAGCAGGCGCCCAUGCCACGGAACGAGAAGGCCCCCGUGGACUUUGGCUACGUGGGGAUCGACUCCAUCCUGGAGCAGAUGCGCAGGAAGGCUAUGAAACAGGGCUUCGAGUUUAACAUCAUGGUGGUUGGGCAGAGUGGCCUCGGGAAGUCGACCUUAAUCAACACUCUCUUCAAGUCCAAAAUCAGCCGGAAGUCAGUGCAGCCCACCUCGGAGGAACGCAUCCCCAAGACGAUCGAAAUCAAGUCCAUUACCCAUGAUAUCGAGGAGAAGGGGGUCCGGAUGAAGCUGACAGUGAUCGACACUCCAGGCUUUGGAGACCACAUCAACAAUGAAAAUUGCUGGCAGCCUAUUAUGAAGUUCAUCAACGAUCAGUAUGAGAAGUACCUGCAGGAGGAAGUCAACAUCAACCGGAAGAAGCGCAUCCCCGACACACGAGUCCACUGCUGCCUCUACUUCAUCCCAGCCACCGGCCACUCGCUUAGACCCCUGGACAUCGAAUUCAUGAAGCGCCUAAGCAAGGUGGUCAACAUCGUCCCAGUCAUCGCCAAGGCUGACACGCUGACCCUGGAGGAGAGGGUCUACUUCAAACAACGGAUUACUGCAGACCUACUGUCCAAUGGCAUUGAUGUGUACCCCCAGAAGGAGUUUGAUGAGGAUUCAGAGGACCGGCUGGUGAAUGAGAAGUUCCGGGAGAUGAUCCCAUUUGCUGUGGUGGGCAGUGACCAUGAGUAUCAAGUCAAUGGCAAGAGGAUCCUGGGAAGGAAGACCAAAUGGGGCACCAUUGAAGUUGAGAAUACCACUCACUGUGAAUUCGCCUACCUGCGGGAUCUCCUCAUUAGGACGCACAUGCAGAAUAUCAAGGACAUCACCAGCAGCAUCCACUUCGAAGCCUACCGUGUGAAACGCCUCAACGAAGGCAACAGCGCCAUGGCCAACGGGGUCGAGGAGAAGGAGCCAGAAGCCCAGGAGAUGUAGAUGCCAUCCCGCCCCUGGACCCCGCCCCCAAAUCUUCUCAUCCUCCCUGGCCCACCCACCUACCCUGUCUUAUUUUAUAUAAUUGACUCCAUUUGUCACCCGCCUCCUCCUCUUUCCACACUCUGCCCAGUAACAAGAGAGGGCUUAUCUCCCAGGUGUGCUCUUAUUGGCUGCAGCAGCAGGGUGGGCGGGACUACGGCCUGGGCUCGCCUCUGGGCCCUCCUCCCUCUCCAUGCUCAGAAGGCUGGACUGGGCUCAGCCCCUGAGGGGUUAGAAGAGCUGUGCAUCCCUGCCCACUCUGAGUUUUGAGCUGAAGCCUGUGGGGACCAGGUCCUAGGGGGGUUGCGGAGGAGCCCAUUAAGCCACAAGUCCCCAUGGCCAGAGCCUCAAAAACAGGCCGCGCCCAGGGCAGGAUGGAGCUGGCCAGGUGGUCCUGGAGCCCCAUCUGUCACUGUGGACAACGCCCUCAGCUGCCCGCCCCCCAAGGAAACUAGAGACAUCCACAACCAAAGUUGCCAAUCACGUAGACAUAGUGACAGCCAUGCCCCUUCUCCCUAAGCUUGUCGCAGAGCAGAAAGUGCCUUGAUCCACGAGAGCCGGUCCCCUCUUCCCAGCUGUCCCUUGGAUGAAAAGCUGGGGAGAGGGACUUCUUUCCUCCCUGCCCUUGACCUCCUCCCCUGUGCUGUAGACACGGCUACUGCACCGGGCUUUAUCAAGACGGAGCAUGAAAGAUGCACCCCACGCCCCUCCCGAUCCUAGAGAGGUCAGAGCAGACUUGGUGGAGCGGAGGGAGGAAGGCAUGGAAGGAAGGUGGAAGGGUACAUGGGAGCUGCCCUGCCGGGUGCCAGGGAAGGUGUACGUCUGGUCCUCUGUUUGGCCCAAGAUGCUCUGGUUACAUUGUCACCCAGUUGGCCCGCCCCACCCCUACACAUACUGCCCAGGCUCAAGCCGGGAUGAUUCAGUGACUGCGCUGGGUGGGAACCAGGGAAACCUGACCAUUUUGCUGUCUACAUGUGCCUAGACCCCUGUGUCCCAGAACCCAUCAUUAUACCCCCAAGGACGGAGAGAUGAGGGGGUCAGGGAUAGAUAGCCAGACCACAGGGCGAGGUUUCGCAGCAGAGCCUGGCUCCCUCCUCUUCGCUCAGAGGGAUCCAUUAGGGACCAUCGAUGAACAGCUGACCAAAGCCAUGCCCUUUCUGCUUGCCUGCCAUUCUUGUCCCGUUUCUGGGAGGAGCGUGGUGAGUGUAGACAGGUUGGACCCACUUGGGGAAGAUGCCUCUACAGACCCCGGGCUAGCUUCUUGCAGCCUAGAAGUGCAGUGGGGGGGGGGGGGGGUUGCAGACAGUUGAGGGGUGCACAUCGCAACCUGCAUUGGGUGUCUACUCCCCCUCCCAAGUGUGGAAGGCCCCUCAUCGAGCCCUGCAGCUGAACAGCUCGCGUGCCAGCUUGCCAAGUUCUUUUUCCAAAAUCAGGACUUUGAAGGAAAUCUCUAGCAUGCUGGACCCAGGGCACCUUGGCCUCUCCAGCCCAGUGUCCCUGGGGACUUAGCAGCAGCCCAUGUCAGCAGGGUGAUGUCAUGCCUCUGUAACCAGCCACUGAAAACUGUUCGUCCGCCAGGCUGUUCCACAUGGCCUUUUGCUGGGGGGCUCCUGGGGUAGGGGUGUCUCUUUUUGUAUAAAUAACAAAGUGUUGAAAUGUAUUUCCUGAAAUAAAUGUUUCAAAUACA